CUCUACCGGUGCCGGGACACGCGCCCAUUGCCGUGCGAGACGCUGCGCCGAACGGUCGCACAACGCACUACAAUAUAUUACAAAACGUCAAUCAAAACAUCAAGAAAAACAAGUUUAAAGAAAGUUUUUCACAAUCAGCGUAAAUACACAGUGUUAAUAAUUAACAAUUACUUAAAAAGUAAACAAAAAAUUAAAAAUAAAAAAGUUUUUAGUGAAUUUUUAAAAUUUUAACAUUAACCAAAGUGAAAAUUUCUCGUUUCUGACUGACAGCAACAAGAAAGUUGACCGCAGUUGUCCGUCAACGUGUAAUUAACUCUUUUAACGACACGGUGAAAAGUGUUAUAAGUGCAUCGUAAACCACAGAGACUAUUUCAAUAAACUGCUGUUGUGGUUUAAAAUAAAAAUAAAAAUGGCGGAAGUCGUGGAGCAUUUGGACAAUCAACAACAAGUGGAAUUGUUGGCGAGUGUGAAUGGGAGUGAGACGAAGGCCCUUUGGGUGUUUGGCUAUGGCUCGCUCUGCUGGAAACCGGGCUUUCGCUUCGACAAGGCUGUGGUGGGCCACGUGCGUGGUUUUUCGCGCAAGUUCUGGCAAGGGAAUGCGACGCAUCGCGGUACUAAAGAACAGCCUGGACGUGUUGCAACACUCAUCGAUGAUGAUACGAGUUCAGUUUACGGCGUAGCAUUCUCCGUCUCCGGCGAAAACGCCCUCCCAUACUUAACAAAUCGUGAAUGUACCCUAGGAGGAUACGACACACGUUUCGCCACAUUUCACCCAAUCGCCGGCGAGCCCUUAAAGGUCCUCCUGUACAUUGCCACGCCCAAAAACCACCUCUGGUUGGGUGACGCCCCUGCCUCCGAAAUCGCCCGUCAAAUCUUCACCUCCAGCGGUGACAGCGGCCAUAAUGUCGAAUACCUCGUCCGAUUGGCCAAUUUCAUGCGUCAUCACUUCCCAGACGCCAGCGAUUCGCACCUAUUCAACAUCGAAGAACACAUUCUGCAUUUGGCGAAAAUCAAACAAGUCGACGUUGCACCUCUAAUGGGAAGUGGAGAGGGUUGCAUAACAUACGCGAAACCGAACGGUUUCAGUCGCCAGGCUCCCGCACCUGCCGCCAGAGGUCGUGACAGGGAGGAACGUGAAGAGAACCGUGACACUUUCCAAUUCACCGCGCGCGUGCCCGAGAAAUCACUGCGUUGUCUUAAUAUUUAAGAUAAUGUUAAUCAAGGACAUGAACUGACACGAUUGUGAUAUAUAGAUAUUUUUGAUAUUCAAGACUGUGAUUUGUAAGGUAACUUCGAGAUUAUGUGGUGAGGUUCAUUCAUUCGGUGAUGUUAUACUAGCGCCAUCUGUCACACAAUACUCAUAUUAUACACAUUACUGUAUAUCUAAGCAGUAUACUUUUGUAAAUAAAACCAUAUACGAUUAUAAAUUAAAA